GAGGGCCCUUCCCGCCUCGUAAGACGUUGCCGCUCUCGACAUUCUCCCCCUCCCUAGGACAGCUGGGGCGAAGGCCCCCCCGCCAGCCUCCCCCACGGCGCUGCACCCCACCGAACGCUGUCCCCCGAGCCCUCCCUCGGGACGCCUAGGCCCCUCCCCUUUGGAGCAUUGCUCUGCCCCUGCCCCGCCCCCCGUGGCUUCGGCCCAGGCGCUGCCCCCUGCUGGCAGAGCCAUGAAGCUGCAGGCGGUGAUGGAGAACCUGCAGCGCCAGCAGCGGGCGCGGUUGCAGCAGGAGAUGGAGGCCCGGCAGCAGCAGCAGGACCAGCUGCGGACAGCCCUCCCGGCGCCGGGCCAGGGCCCUGCUCCGCCGAGCUCAGGGGCUUCGGCCUUGCCCCGCGGCCCUGGUCAGGAACCUCCGGCUUCCGAGGAGGCCGGGGAGCUGGAGAGCGUCCGGAUCCAGAGGGCCCAGAUGGCGGCCCUGGCGGCAAUGCGGGCGGCCGCCGCUGGCCUCAGCCAGUCUUCCAGUCCGGUGGCCUCGGAGGAGAGCCAGUCCUCGGAAGGGGAGGAAGAGGAGGAGCGCGGGGAGGAAGAAGAGGAGGAAGGCGAGGACCCGCGGGAAAUGGGCUCUGAGGAAGACGAGGAGACGAAAGGCAAGUGGGUCGAGGACGAUUUUGAGGAAGACCUGGGAGAGGAGGAGGAGGAAGAAGAGGAGGAAGAAGAAGACUACGAGGAGGAUGAAGAAAUGGCGGAGGAAGGACUCUGCUCCGGAGAAGUAGCCCGCUCCAGCCCAGGUGCCGUGCUUCUCCGAAAACAGCAGCCCCCCCCACAGUACCGGGGGGAGGCUUCGAGGCUGGCAGGGGCUCCAGAGCGGCUGGCUUCCGGGGCUGCCCACCUGGGCCAUGCACAGCUGCAGCCCCAAGCCCUGGAUCACGGAGACUGGACGUACGAGGAACAAUUUAAGCAACUAUAUGAACUUGAUGGGGACCCCAAGAGGAAAGAGUUCCUGGAUGACCUUUUCAGCUUCAUGCAGAAGCGAGGGACCCCCGUGAACCGCAUCCCCAUCAUGGCCAAGCAGGUUCUGGACCUCUACAUGCUCUACGUCCUGGUGACCGAGAAGGGGGGUCUGGUGGAGGUGAUCAACAAGAAGCUCUGGCGGGAGAUCACCAAGGGCCUGAACCUGCCCACCUCCAUCACCAGCGCCGCCUUCACUCUCCGCACCCAGUAUAUGAAGUACUUAUACCCCUACGAGUGUGAGAAGCGGGGCUUGAGCAACCCCAACGAGCUUCAGGCCGCCAUUGACAGCAACCGCCGCGAGGGGCGCCGCCAGGGCUUCUGCGGCUCCAUCUUCACCUACUCGCCCAGCGGCACACCUGGCAUGCUCUCUUCCCCCAAGCUUCAGGUCCCGGCCCUGAGUAUGGCCUCAGCGACCAACGGCAGCCCUGUCGCCCCCGUGACAAAAAUCAAGAAGGAAGAAGAGUCUUCCAUCCCGAUCACUGUGCCCAGCCGUCUACCCGUCUCCCUUGCGGGCCACCCCAUUGUGGCGGCUCAGGCGGCGGCCCAGGCCGCAGUGGCGGCCCAGGCGGCUGCGCUCGAACAGCUGCGGGAGAAGCUGGAGUCGGGGGAGCCCCCGGAGAAGAAGAUGGCGCUGGCGUCGGACGAGCAGCAGCGGCUGAUGCAGCGAGCAAUCCAGCAGAACCUCCUGGCCAUGACGGCCCAGCUGCCCAUGAGCAUCCGAAUCAAUAGCAGAGGGACUCGCUCGCCAGAAAACCGCCAAGAUUCUGCCAUGAACUUGGCUCCCAACGGCACCAACAGCAUCAGCAUGUCUGUCGAAAUCAACGGCAUCGUUUAUACAGGUGUGUUGUUUGCACAGCCUCCUGGCGCAGCCUCCUCUUCCGUCAGCAAAGGGAACACCAACAGCGGGCAGAGCGCCCCCAGCGGGAGCACAGGCGGCUGGAGCGGUGGCGGAACGGCAGCUCCUCCGGCCGGCUCGGCCGCUCCUCCUACAUCUACCUCAACCAACUCCUCUUCGCCUUAAAGCCCGACGAACCGUCUUCUCUCCAUCCCGCCAAAGCGUAGGCCCCGGGUCAGACGAUACACCGCCCCUUACCUGCUCCCUGUACUUCGGAGGGGGGCGGCACCUACUUCCCCCUGCCGCCCCCCUCCCACGUGUCCGCAAGAUGGAGGCGCGUUUGAAUAGGGUGCACUCGCGCGACGCUCGAUUUGCGCCGGCCCAGAUUGCAGCCCACGAGCUCACACGUUCGGGUUUCCGCACGCUGAACUUUGCGCCCUAAUCAAACGUGCCUUCCUAAAGUAGACAUCCAAAGCUGUCAGCCGGCUCAGGAAGGUGCGCUCCCGCGCCCCGGUUGUGUGUCAGCGCACCGAACGAGGGGCGAUAUCGUCUGUACCGGCCCAAAGGAAGAUCAAACUGAAUUUCCUCUACAGCUGACACCAAAUACAAACCAAACUUGACAUUUGAUUUUUGCCGGCGAAAGGUGGGGAGGGGGGAGAGUUAAAAAUGGGGCUCCCGUUCCCUCCCUCCCCCCCUUCCUUCCCGCUCUGAAUAAUUUCUUGUGGUAAAUGAAUAUAUGGAAAGGUGGGGGUGGAAAGAACUUUUGCCGGGAGUGGGGUGGAGGGGGGAAGACAGCGAGUGUGUCAUUGAACUUCUGAGCCACGUGGUCGAUGCGAGGUUUGAUGUGAUAUGCGUAGUCAAUCCACAACUCUUUUACCUCAUGCAAGCCCAAGCUUUGCACACUGUCUCUCUCUCAUUUGAAAAAUAUAUUGUGAUAUAUAUUUUUGAAUAUCUUCAGACGGACACAAUCAACUUUGCAGACUGGCGUCGUUUUUAAAGCAAAUGAAAUCCCCCCCCAGCCUCCUUUUAUUAAUAGAUCAUAUAAUAUAUGUGUGUGCGUGUGUGUGUGCGUGUGUGUAUAUAUAUUAUGAAACCAACAGAAAAGAAUUUUUACAAACUGUGAGAAGGAGUAGAGCAUUAUUCGCAUUAAAUCCCCCCCCUUAAAAACAAAGUUAUCUGUAGAGCUUUAAAGAGUUUUUCCUUUCUCUUUUUGUAAAUAAAUUUUAGUUUUGAAAGGCAAUGCAAAAGGGAAAAGAAAAAAA